UAGCUCGCUGCUGUGGAUUUAGCUUCAGCUAAAACCGGGUUACCAAUCCCCCGUUUUACCAUCGUUUUUUGCUUGAAUAAUAUUUUUUAAAAGUACGUGUUAAGAAAUGGAAAGGAGGAGAAUCUAAAACGGGAAAAUCGACGCAUUCAGCUGCAGCGGUUUUAAGCUCGUCUCCCCAGAAGGUCACAGCAGCAUCAUGGUGGACAUCGCUGUGAAAAGCGAAGCUGCUUGGGUCUGCCACACCGAGGGACGAAACCUGGCUGAUGUCCUGCUUCCUGUUAGCAUCAGUAACAGAGGCGGUGAUGAAGAGGAGCUCAGUCAGACUAACCAGGAAGGUACGGUUCUGUUGCAGCAGAUGGAGGAAGGCUCUCCAUGCGUCCUGACGCUCCACUGCAGCUCCUCUGCAGCCAUCAGCCGCCUGCUGGUCGUCAGCGAGGCUCGAACUCUGGAGGUUUACGACCAGACGGGAGAAUACUGCGGGACGGUGAGAGGGUCGAAGGACGACAGCAUCCAACCAGACAGUGCAGACAGAGGACCGUUCUAUAAGAAGCAGCUGAUCCUUGAGCAUCCAUCCUCCUCCUGUGAAGUGAAGUUGCUCUCCCUGGCCGGUAGAAACAGUGUUCUGGUGUCUCGAGUCGUCGUCGGCCUCCAGGCGCUGCAGCCCUGCCCGGCCCGAGGCCCCGGCAUCGACAUGCAGCAGGUCCAGUGUCUGGUGGAGGAGAUGGGAACAAACCUGUCACCGGGAGCCCAGAGCCUCAUGGACAUGGUGCAGUUCCAGCAGAAGAAUCAGACCGGCUCUCUGGGCGGUUUCCUGCCUCUCCUGAUGGGCGGUGGAGGUUUCGCUGCCUUGGCGAGUGGAUUCAACAUGUCCCCAGCAUCCAUCAUCAACCAGCCUGCAGACUUCACGCCUAUGGACGGCUGCAUCGGUCACACAGUUCAGAACGGAGGGAUGUCUGAGAGCUCCACCUCCACCUCCUCGUCCUCCCCGGACCUGCCUCCGUCCAGCGACAACGCCAACAACAACAGCAGCGGUCAGAACGGCGGCCCUUUUAGCCACGCCCAGCUGGCAGAGAUGAUGUCACACUUCCUGACUGGUGCAGGUCACGGCCAGACGUUGACCUCCGACGCUGAACUCCUGCCGAUGCUCCAGAACGUGUGCGGUCAGGUGACCCAGCUGAGGCUGGAUGAUGCUGCAGCAGAGAGGAAGAUGAGGAACGGCAGCUGGGAACUGGACGAAGCCAUGGAGCGCCGUCUGGAAGAGAUGGAGCGACGGCUGAAGGAGCACAUGGACCGACGCCUGGAUGCUCUGGAGCAGAAGCUGGAGAAGGUUCUGCUCAGCGCCUUACCGCUGCUCGCCCUGAACCACGGAGCUGGAGGAGCGGCGUCCACCGGGCCGUCGGAGCAGAUGGAACCGACGCCGGCGACGCACUGAGCUCCAGAACAUGCAACCUGGAGGCCUUUCUGGUCGCUAACGGAGACACAGCAAUAGAACAAAACAGGCUUUAAUUCAAACACUUAACACCAGAAGUGUCUCGGCUCAAGACGCAGCUUCAGUAACGGUUUCUGAUCCGCACCAGUGAAUGCAACACCGUUUUAAAGCCUGAAUGUACAGCAGCACUAUCCCAACUGUUCCUACUGCAAAAAAAAAAAAAAAAGUUGCACUGCAUUUGGAAAAGUUUGGCCCCUAGAACCAGGAGAAAGCCUAAAACCAGGGAGGUACAGAACACAAGGCCACUCAUUAAAUGCUUUAAAUUAUUGCAGUGAUGCGAUCGUAUCCUGGUUUUAAUGAUUAACACCAGCUGAACACUCAUUUAUUCCACUUGAAACUGAAACGUCCAGUUAUUCCUCACAGGUCUCACCAUCCAGAUGUUGGCCUCCGUCUUCAGUGUUGUUCUUCACACCCUAACAGCACUAAGGCUGCAGCUACGGAGUAUUUUCAUUAUCGAUUAAACUACAGAUGAUUUAAUCCAUUUUGCAAACGGUACAAAAAAUGAAAGCAUCCUCAAAUGUCUUGUUUGGUCAGAUCCCAAAAACAUUCAGUUUAAAGCCAGGUAAACAGAGAAAAACAGCAAAUCCUCACAUUCUGAGAGGCUUAAACUAGAGAAUUUUGACAUUUCCGCUUUAAUAACGACUAAAAAGAUGCAGUUCUGAUCUGGUGUGAAGAGUUUUGGUUGUUCGAACCUCAUCAGUGUGGUUCAGUUUGUGUUCAAACUUUGUCAAAAUCUCAGAAUGAACUCAUCUCCAGGAGUGUAAAUAGAAGGUGUGACUGUAUUUUAACACGGCGCUGUAAUGUUUUAAAUAAUGUACAUGUCUGUAAACUAUUAAAAUUUCCACUUGUGAUGUUGAAACUGUGCUCACAUUAAUAGCAAAUAAAAUAUAUAUUUAUACGGA